AUGAAACUUGCGUCGUUGUUCCUAGCGCUCUCCUUGACCGCGCUCCCGGCCCAUGCCAUCAAGUUCUCCCUGGCGGGCUACCGGUACCCACCGGCGAAAUGCAUAUGGAAUGCUGCACACGAAAACGCUCUAGUUAUUGUCACCGCAAAUGUAGGAGAGGGUGCUGGACAAAGAGUGGAUGUCGAAAUCAUCGACUCAAGCCCGAAGAAGAACGUGUAUUUGAGCAAGAAGAACAUCAAGGGCGAGACAAGGCUGGCGGUCACCACGCACGCUGACGGCGAGGUGGGAGUGUGUCUCAGGAAUUGGUUGAAUGCGACAGAUUACCCGCCCCAACAUGCGAGGAACGCGACACGCAUAGUCGAUUUGGACGUGGACAUUGGCGCUGACGCUGUGGACUACAAUGCCAUAGCGAAUCAGGAGUCCCUCUCCGCUCUCGAGACCGAAAUGCGUAAACUUGAAGGUAUAGUCAAGGAAAUUUCAGACGAACUAGGAUACUUGAAGACACGCGAAGAGCGGUUCUCUGCCACCAACGAAUCAACCCUCAGACGCGUCAACAACUUUUCGUACUUCAUUAUCUUAUCCCUGACGGCACUUGGGGCGUGGCAGAUCUUCCACCUCCGCUCGUUCUUCAAGCGGAAGUACCUCAUCGACUGA